CAGCAGCAUUCCAGCCUGGUGACUCAUAGCAGAUGUAAGCCUCCACUCUUCAGAAUUUAAUAGCAAAAACAAUCACAUCUUGGGAAGGCCUCUGGAAUUAUUUGCAUCAGUUUUAAGAAGAUUUAACAACUUUGAGUUCAAUCCAGAAGUUAAAGCUUCCAAAAUGAAGAUUUUGAUAAUGGUUGAUUUUGUCCUUGCAGCUAGCUUGAUGGAUGUCAUUGGUAGCUCUGAUUUACAGAAAUGUUUUCAAGAGCAAAUACGACUUCAGGGCCAGGUGAGGCUUCUGGAACAUCGUGUGAAACAGCAGCAGUUAAAAAUUACACAGCUCUUAGAGAAGAAAUUGAUUCAGUACAGUGACAGAGAAGACGAAAACAGUGUCAUUGACUUGGGAGGAAAAAGACAGUAUUCAGAUUGUGCAGAACUCUACAAUGAAGGCCAUAAGAAAAAUGGAUUUUAUAAAAUAAAACCAAUCCAGAGUCCUAGAGAAUUCUUUGCUUUCUGUGACAUGACUGAAGGAGGUGGCUGGACUGUGUUUCAGAGACGUUCUGAUGGCAGCCAGAAUUUUGAUAGACUCUGGGCUGACUAUGAAGAAGGCUUUGGAAAUUUUGUUUUGAAAAAUGGUGAAUUUUGGCUUGGAAACAAAAAUCUUCAUUAUUUGACUAAUCAAGGGAAUUAUACUUUAAGAAUUGACCUAACUGAUUUUGAAGGAGAACGACGUUUUGCACAGUAUGCAAGAUUCAGGGUUGCAGGAGAAGAGCAUUCUUAUGAAAUGAAUUGUGGCGAAUACUCUGGUACAGCUGGUGAUUCCCUUACUGGUGGAUUUCAUCCUGAAGUAAAAUGGUGGGCUGAUCAUCGAGGAAUGAAAUUCAGUACUAGAGACAGGGAUAAUGACAACUAUGAAGGGAACUGUGCUGAAGAGGAAAAGGCUGGCUGGUGGUUUAACAGGUGUCACUCUGCCAACCUGAAUGGUUUGUACUACAGAGGUCCCUACACUGCCAAGACAGACAACGGGAUUGUUUGGUACACCUGGCAUGGGUGGUGGUAUUCUCUAAAAUCUGUUGUCAUGAAGGUCAGACCUGCAGACUUUGAAUGUAAUAUUGUUUAAAUAUUCUAUUAACACGAUUCACCGAUUAGUAUUUUUAGGAAAUUCAUUCCAAAUUAAAAUGGGCAGAUUUUUACUUCUCAAUCUAUGCAUAUAUAAAUUUGGAAUAAUUUAUCUGCAACCAGUAGUUUUAUGAGAUGUUAGUGAAAAGACAAGCUAGUAUAUGAAGCUUUAGAUGCAAAUAUUAAUGCUAAUGGGUCGAAGUUUAUUUUAUUUUUUAAAAAGGCAAGUGUUCACCUAGGAAUAAUGACAUCUUCAUUAAGAUGGCGAAUUUUUGGCUUUCCAGUAACUCCAAAUCCUUUCACAACAAUCCUUUAAAAACAACAGUGUUGUUACUGUGCUGUCUCAAAAAUGAAAAGCAAUUGUAUUUACACAAUAAGAAAACCCCUACUCAAAUAGAAACAUAAGGUUUACUCAGUGGAUGGAACAUGCCUGCUUUCGAAAGAUUCAAGACUCUAGGAAUGAGUUUCCUGUAAAUCUCUCUGAUGUAAAGGUUGCAUGUGUUGUGUACAUAGUAAACAUAAAAGGUUUAAAGAAUGAGGCAGGGAACUGAAGAAAGAGAAGGAGUGCUGCCAGGGCACAAUCAAUUGAAUCUGGCAUAGAGAAGUGGAUUGUCUGUUGUUUUCUGAAGCAUUUCUAUGGCUGGUCACAACAUUUCAAUCAUUUUCAAAUGUUUUAAAAUGCUUUUAGAUGGUCAAUUAUUAUGCUUUUCUCCUUGGUAACUGUAAUGCUUUAAUGCUUCUUUUUUUUCUUUUUUCUUUUUUUUUUUUUUUUUUUUGGUUAGAUUUUACAACUCUCUAAUUUUGAAUGUCCUGUCCAGUCACUUCCUCUCUUUUCCCUGUGUAUUUGUCUAAGCUCUCUGGGCUUUUCUCCAUCUCAAGUUGCAUAUCCAUAUUUUUCUUGUACAAGAAUAAUGGUAAGAGAGAUUUUGCUUACCCCUGGCUUUUGUGCCUGGCACUACAAUAAACUCUAAUAGCCAGUAAUAACAAGAUUUGCUGGUUAGUGCUUGCUGCCAUGGAGAAGAUAGGAAUACUCUCUAGAAAGCUAUCCAAUGAAAUGUAGUCCAUUUCUGCUAGGCAGAUGCAAAUGAAGACUUCAAAGAAAAUAUGGACCUAAGCUUGCUUUCCUAGAAUAAUUUUGCUUUUGUGGCUAAACUGCCACUCUCUCUCCCCCUGUCCAAAUACAGUUUUGAACAUGGCAGCCACUUUCAAUCAUGCUUAAAAUAAUUCAAACUAAGUUUUGGUAAAGGUCAGUUUAUAACUCCAUUGCUAUGAAUACAGGACAGCUGAAUUGUAACUCUCUGCAUUGCAAUUUCCCUUCCAUUUUCAUCCUCCCAAAACAAAAGUUUGUAAAGAAUCCUUGAGAGAAUUGCAUGGAAUACGGGAGGGAGGAUAUUUGUAACAACUGGGGAGAAGAAAAGGGAGUUCUUAUGAAACAAUCUCACUCAAUAAGAUAAAUCAUGCUACAACUAAACAAAAACAAACAGAAAAGUGUGGAGAAAAAACAGGGCUCAGACAGCUAAAAUCAUGUUAUAAUGUAAAAAUUGUGCCAAUGAGGCACAAGUUUUAAGGCCUCUUUUUUUUUGUGGUAAUAGCAGAUAUUCUAGAUAAUCCAGUCUUUUUCUUGAUGUAUCAACUGAUACUGUGCUAGAGAUUUCUAGCCUUUAGCAUAUCCCUGUACCCAUGCAUGAGAGGAUCAAUGAACAGUUAUUCAACUGCUUAUUUUGAACUUUGUUUAAUUAGUUUUGCCAAAAUACAUUCGGUAUUUGGGAGGAAGGCCCAUCAUAUGUGUGUGUAAGGGGGGUAAGGGGGAGGGAGGGAAGUAAAGAGAGAGAGAUAGUAAGAGAAAUUCAACAUUAAAACAGAAAAUCUGAUGAAGUAUUUUUAUUCAAUUUUAUACAUAUAACUUAAAUUGGGUUCCUAUGUAACUAUGCAAAUGUCUGUAGGUAUGGGUUAUUAAUAAUGUGAUGGAAGUUUUGGAGUAGUUGAAAAAAUGUAAGUACAGUAUUUCUCAUAAUGAAUUUCAAUUUUUUUUUUCACUCUAAGAAAAAAAAAAAAGAGAAAGCUUUAAUUAUUUGGGGAAAAAACACAAACCAACAGAAUGCCAUUAUGUAGAAAUUGUAAAAACAUCUUUAGUUUUUCACAGGAAGAUGGAAAGAUUAACUCAUGAAUUUGGAGAUUAUCAAGGCAGAUCAUAUUCCAGCAAAAUAAAAGACAAGGAGGAUUUGUGCACAGGAAAGUUGGAUUUUUAGUAUGCAAAAAAAAAAGACUUUCAGAAUUUACAGAUUGUGCUCAUAAAAUCUAUGAUAAUUUUUAAUAUACUGCAACAUAAAUCCAUCCUCUUUAUUUAUAAGAACGCUAAUAAAAUAUUUUGGCUGAG